ACGAAGGCGAUAGAUUAAGCAGUUGUUGUCUGGUGUAGUUUGGAUAGAGGAGGAUAGCUGAACAAUAAAUCCUCACGUCCAUUCAAUUUCUUCUCUUUCAGAUCUAAACCCUAAAUCAACCGAUCAUGUCUUCAACCUUCUCCGGCGAUGAAACGGCUCCGUUUUUCGGCUUCCUUGGCGCUGCUGCCGCCCUAGUCUUCUCCUGUAUGGGGGCGGCCUAUGGGACGGCGAAGAGUGGUGUUGGAGUUGCUUCAAUGGGAGUGAUGAGGCCUGAACUGGUAAUGAAGUCGAUUGUGCCGGUGGUUAUGGCUGGAGUGUUAGGUAUUUACGGCCUGAUUAUUGCUGUGAUUAUUAGUACUGGGAUUAACCCUAAGGCCAAGUCUUAUUAUCUCUUUGAUGGAUACGCUCAUCUUUCUUCUGGUCUUGCUUGUGGCCUUGCUGGUCUUUCUGCUGGUAUGGCCAUUGGAAUCGUGGGCGAUGCUGGUGUAAGGGCUAAUGCACAACAACCCAAACUUUUCGUGGGAAUGAUUCUUAUCCUCAUUUUCGCUGAAGCUCUGGCUCUCUAUGGUCUUAUUGUCGGUAUCAUUCUUUCUUCUCGAGCUGGUCAAUCCCGAGCAGACUAAAAUGGAUUGUGUCACUGCUUUAAAGUGAGCAUUAUUCUUCUUAUACUCUGGUGGUUAGAGUUGCGGUUUGUUCCAUUGUUUUUGGGCGGUGAACCGAGACCGGCUGAUUGCUGUGUGCUGAGACAAUAUUCUACUUCUUUCUUUUAAUAAAGUCGUCAUUGUUGUCGCUAUAUUUUUGCCAAAAGAAACCCCUCUUUGGACAUGCUAUUAUUCGUGUAUUUUGUUUAAGGUCGUUAAAUCAAUAUUUAUUUGUAUCCUACAACUCAUCAAUAACAUGUUUUUCGACCAGUUGAAGUUUA